AGUCUUCUUCUCUAAUCUAUCUCUAAAAGUGCGGAGAGGGUCUCGUCCGUAUUCAUUCAUCUACACAUCUUACGUCCCAUCACCAAGCUAGAGCUCUUCCUCCCAGCUCCGUCGCUUAGAUUACCUUCACUUUCUCGCGAGACCAGGCUCCAAAAGAAGCUCUUUCAAGUGAAGAGAUCAUCGAUCCAAACGGAGCAGUCGGUCCCUUCGGAUCUUGAUGCCACCAUGAUGAAAUAUAGAAAACUGAACUGAAAGGGUCAUGGUGUUUGUUUUUGUUAGCUAGAGAGAGAGACACGGGGAGGAAAGACACGGGGUGGAAUCUCACCUAUAGAUAUUGAGGUUUCUUUUCAAGGCAGAAGAGACAAAAGUUAUACCAUCAAUUCCCAGUUGUCGAAAAUAUUAGGUAAAAUUGUUGCUUGUACAGACCCAUAGCUAGCUCUUGUUUAUGGAUUCAGCUUCAGGUGCUGGUGCAUCCGACCCGAAUAGCGGAGAGGGUCCAUCCGCAACAGGUUCGGCCCCAGCUGCGGAGGGUUCAUCGCCCUUGCCACCAAGUCGGUACGAGUCACAGAAGCGGCGAGACUGGAAUACCUUUUUGCAGUACCUGAAGAACCACAAGCCACCGUUAGCUCUAUCCCGGUGCAGUGGCGCGCACGUGAUCGAGUUCUUGAAGUACUUGGACCAGUUUGGGAAGACGAAGGUGCACAUCUCCGGUUGCCCCUACUUCGGGCACCCGAACCCUCCGUCCCCCUGUGCUUGCCCGCUAAAGCAAGCGUGGGGGAGCCUGGACGCGCUGAUCGGACGCCUGAGAGCAGCUUUCGAGGAGAACGGCGGACGGCCGGACUCGAACCCGUUCGGAGCGAGGCCGGUGAGGAUUUACUUGAGGGAGGUGAGGGAAGGGCAGGCGAAAGCCAGAGGGAUUCCUUAUGAAAAGAAGAAGCGGAAACGACACACGGUCACGGCAACCACAUCAGUGGUGGCAGCUUCUGCGGCGCAGGAAAAUGUGCCAGCCAAGGCGAUUCAAGGAGGUGAUGCUGGGGGUUCUGGUGAGGGAAGUGGAAGUGGUGUUGCUCAAACGACCACCACCACCACCACCACCACCGUAUAGUUCUUUAUUUUUGAAAACUUCUUAAUUUUCCAUUUUCGUCUGUUUUUUUUAUAACGUUUAAUAUAUAUAUUUACUAGUGAUUCUCUCAUUAUUGAGGAUUUUUUUUUUUGUUUCUCGUGGCUAUAUAAAACUUAAAAUUAUUCUUCUCCUCUUGUGCUAUCUCGUUCUCAUUC